CUCAUCCACCGGCUUUGAAGCGCUGCAGCCUUCACCAACAGGUGAAGGACUCAUUUGCAGAGGGAUUCACCAACACACAGGAUUUGAAGUUUCUCCACUGAACUGUGUGAACUUUGACAGCAGGUGGGGCAGCACUAAGAUUGUCCACACCACACCAUGGACCAGGAGGAUGACAAAAACUCAGUGGAUAUCCAUGACAACCCUCCAGCACCUGACAACGUAGUGAGGGAGGAUGGAGACACUGUGUAUUUCAUCUAUGAGGAGGAGGUGGAGGUCGAGGAAAAGGAGCCAGAGCCUCCUUCAGAGCCUGUUCUCCGGGUCAACGACAAACCCCACAAGUUCAAGGACCACUACUGCAAGAAGCCCAAGUUCUGCGACGUCUGCGCUCGCAUGAUCGUCCUCAACAACAAGUUUGCUCUGAGGUGCAAAAACUGCAAGACCAACAUCCACCACUCGUGCCAGUCCUACGUCGAGUUCCAGAAGUGUUUUGGCAAAAUUCCCCCAGGCUUCAGACGGGCCUACAGUUCCCCCCUGUACAGCAGCGACCAACCAGAUCCAAACAACCCAAACCGGAACGACCCAGUCUUCGACACCCUGCGGGUCGGAGUCAUCAUGGCCAACAAGGAGCGCAAAAAGAACGACAAUGACAAGAAGAAUAUGAUGAUGAUGAUGGAAGAGGAAGAGGAGGAGAACCAACAGCCCAAGGAGAAUGAGGAGGGAGGAGAAGGGAAACCUGAGGAUAAGAAGGAGAAAGGAGGAGACAAAGCAGAUGAUAAGACUAAAGGUGCAUUCUCCCAGUCCCACUACUACCUGGCUCUCUACCGCUUCAAGGCCAUCGAGAAGGACGACCUCGACUUCCAUCCCGGCGAUCGCAUCACAGUCCUUGACGACUCCAAUGAAGAGUGGUGGAGGGGAAAGAUGGGUGAGAAGACAGGCUACUUCCCCACCAACUACCUCAUAAAAGUGCGCGCAUCUGAACGGGUUUUCAAGGUGACUCGCUCCUUCGUCGGGAACAGAGAGAUGGGACAAAUCACGCUGAAGAAAGAUCAGAUCGUCGUGAAGAAAGGAGAUGAGAAGGGAGGCUACUUAAAGGUCAGCACCGGACGCAAGCUGGGCUUCUUCCCUGCCGACCUGCUGCAGGAGAUCACCGUGCAGUAGAAACCACCGAGUGUGUGUCACCCUGAGAAGCACAAGCACACACACACACACACACACACACACACACACACACACACUGCAGGCGUCAAUCACUCCUCCUGUUGAAACUUUCAAACA